AUGGAUACAAGACGUGACGGCGCUGUCCGCAUGGGUUUCCUAUUAUGGCGCGCGUUGUUUCUUGGAUCACAUUGAAUUCCUCAUAAUUCUGAUGUCCCGAGCACUUUACCUCCAAUUCCCCGGGCCUGCAGUGCCUUGCCUUGUAUUUUCUGCGGCCUUCGACAGGUUCAAGCCGCGUAUAAAAUUCUCCGUGUCGUCACGGUUCGUUUCCCCACCAGCUGUCCUUCAGCCCGGUGUCGUAAACCUAGGUCCUUCUCUCUGACUAUGGUCGCGUUGAUCUUCGUCCUGUUGUCGGCCCUCUCUUUGGUGUCUGCUGCUCCGUUUCCAGGUAGCGGUCAUCAUAGUAUCUUCGUAAAGCCUGGCAGCGGAGGCAUCCUCUGUAUCUUGUUGCCUUGGCUGUGUCCUCGGGAUACACAGACCAGUACAGAGGUCGCGACAAGUAUUGGCACCGCCAAAGGGGUUGUUAAUGGUACAGCGGUCAGGUUCCCCGUCAAGUACGCCUCCGCAGAGAGGUGGCAAGAAUCCGAAGUCGCUUCGGAGUGGGAGCUCCCCAAUAACUCUUCGGAUGUGACGGCUAUGCCUCUGGCUUGCCCGCAGUCGGAUUUGGACUCGUCGCAGUAUUCGGAGGACUGUUUGUCCAUGAUCCUCUACGUCCCUGCGACGCUCACCGUAUCUGACAAUGUUCCGACACUUACAUGGGUGCAUGGAGGAUCAUUCAUCACAGGGUCCGCCAGUGAUGAAGGUUUGGAUGGCUCGAACCUUGCUUCCACAACGAAUUCCAUUGUUGCUGUAAUCCAGUACCGCCUUGGAGGUCUCGGGUUUAUGGCUCCCGACGGUAGCAUGAACUUGGCAGUCAAGGAUGUCAUCAACGCAAUGAAGUUUUUGCAAACCAUCCUGCCAUCCUUUGGCGGUGACAAGUCCAAGAUCACAUUGGCAGGUCAAAGUAGCGGUGCCAAUAUGAUUCGUGCUUUGUUAGCCGUGCCAUCGGCAUCAUCCUUGUUCCAGUCUGCUAUUUUACAGUCAGACCCGAUGAAUUUCGGAUUCCUGUCUACGACCACGCAGGAGACCUUGCAGAGUUAUUUCAAUGGACUUAUCUCUUGUGGAGCUUCGGACACGGCCUGCUGGGAUGCCCUUUCACUGGAUGACAUUCUUAAUGCCCAAUCGACCUUGUUUAGCAAUGCUGCCUCCCUCGACGCGUCUACAGGGACUGCUGAACCCAUUCGACCGGUUCGUGACAACACCUUAAUCACAUCCCCGCUCGACUCUACCGCCACCUUCCCGUCCGUGAGCAAGCCCAUCCUCGUCACUUCCGUACUCAACGAAGCCGGCCUCACCAUCUACGGCUCCUUUACUGCCAAACUGUCUGAAGUAUUCUUUGCAGCCGUCGCCGAUCAGUUUCUGGGAGACGAACGCACAGCGAUUAUAGCCAACUCGACUUUUUAUACUCCAACGGACGAGGAUGACGAUACGCGAAUUAGGUUGGAGAGGCUCGGGACGGAUUAUAUGUGGAAAUGUGCAAAAUGGACAUUCGCAAGAAACUGGGUUAGUAGCGGAGGUACGGCGUACGUUGGCCUGUAUACUGUCGGCACGUCGUACCCCUUGAAUACCUACGUCGACUUCUGUCACGAAGAUGGGAAAGUGUGUCAUCGGGACGAUAUAGAGAUAGUGUUCGGGACCGUGCCCAACCCUUCCUCAACUCAGGCUGAACUCAUUUCAGAGAUGCAGCAACGAUAUAAAGCCUUUUUACACUCUGGCAACCCUAACGUUAACGGUCUCAUUACCUGGAACGCGGCUGGCUCCUCCGAUGUGAAUGCACUUCAGCUCGGAGCGACAGGCUCGUUCGAUGUCGGUGCUUGCAUCCCCUCUUUCUGGGGUGCGGCAGUCGAAUACGAUUAUCAAGUUUACGGGAUUUAAUCUUACCCCUCACGACGGCUCACUCAAAGGGCUUUGCCACGAGCUUUGUGUUUCACUUUCACACAACUUCAAAACUCAUUGUCAUUCGCAUUGAUACCAAUCCUCUUCGCAGCAUUCGCAACUAAUUGCUUAAAGUUUUUCAUCCUUG